AGAAGAAAAGAAAAGAAAAGAAAAGAAAAGAAAAGAAAAGAAAGGAAAAGAAAAGAAAAGAAAAGAAAAGAAAAGAAAAGAAAAGAAAAGCAGUAUUAUUGUCUUCCUUGGCUCUAUCCAGAAAAUCCAUUGCAGUAUCCUUUUGCUCUCCUGGCCGUCUCCUCUUCUGCUUUCUCCUACUCCAGUACUCUUGGUUUUUCUGUCAAAGCUUUAAAAACUUUAGGAAAUGUUCUAUUCUUUUGAAAACGACAGUUGCCAUCUGACCUAUAAAUCUGAAGACUCUAAGAAUGAGAUUACAGCUGAGAUAGAAUUGUCACAUGUUCAAGGCCAGCCUGAACUAGAUAGUGAGCCCAGCACAGCAAGGGCCAUAUAGAAAAUCCCUGCCUCAGAAAGAAAAAAGAAAAGAAGAGAAAAAAGGCUGGUGGGUAGCGAUGGUGGAAGAUUUUAUUGUAGGUGCCGGUUCCAUUUUGCGUCUCUACUUUGACAGUGACUCCAGAGUGAGAGACCUUAGACCCAUCAUAUUCUCCAAUCUGUUAAGUGUUCUUGCUAUUAUUUGUAAAUGAGCAAUGUUCCAGUCAGAGGUGAAAAGGAAGUUAAGCAAUAAUGUGAUUAUCAGAGGUACAAAGGAAAAUUACUAAAUAGUUCACUAAAAACCACCACGCUAGGCAUUCGAGAGUCCCUCCCAGCUGGCUAUUUUUAAAUUAUAUUUUCCUUCAAAGGGACAUAGAAUCAAAAUUAUUACCUGUGCAUGGAAGAGCUUGAUAAUUAAAGGAAUUGCUAAGUCCUCUGAUAAUGGCUGGAGAUGCUAAUCCUCCUGCCCUGAGGGCUUGUAUCUGGUUUCAUCACUUUCUGCAUGCAUUGGUCGCAAACCACAAUGUCCUUCCUUCCUCCUCCCACCUCGGUCUAGGCUUCCCUUCACUGUUCUCCAUCACCUCUGUUGUCAUGCGCUCACCAGCCUGCAUAUUUCCACAUCCCAAAGGGUGACAACGCACAAUGUACGUGGGAGGGACAUUCAUUACCGUACCUGACGCAAAUCAAGUAAGGGCAGUGCUCAGCCAUCCAAACACACCUCCCAUCCAGAUGUCCCCACGUCGUGGACAGUUGUCCCUCUAUCUUGCCUUCUGUCUAGGCUCCUAUCAAGUUUUGCUGACAUCAUCUGCCAAGAAGACCGCGUUAUCAGUGUGACUGGGCAAAUACUGCGUAUUUCCAUCUCCUCACACCUAUCGUAGUAGGUGCCUAGCAUAUAUCGCUUUGUAGAAAGGAAACUCAAUUAUAUCAGGCAGGUUUCGUCUCAUGGAGGAAAUCUCUUUACCAGGAAGUCUCAAAAUAAGUGAGUGGAUACAGAGUGGGCACGAUGCUCUAACCUUUUUCUCUUUGAAGUCUGUCACAGAGAGCUUAGCCAGUAUGAUUCACGGCUUGAAAGUGAACCACCUGACAGAAGGUAUCAUUCAGAGGAGCAAGAGGAUGAUCCUGGAUUCUCUGGGCGUUGGUUUCCUGGGAACAGACACAGAAGUGUUCCAUAAAGUCACCCAAUAUAGUAAAAUCUACAGUUCCAACACCUCCAGCACCGUUUGGGGUCGACCAGACUUCAGGCUCCCACCGACAUAUGCUGCUUUUGUCAACGGCGUUGCUGUUCACUCCAUGGAUUUUGAUGACACAUGGCACCCUGCCACCCAUCCUUCUGGGGCUGUCCUACCUGUCCUCACAGCUUUAUCGGAAGCCCUGCCUCAGACUCCAAAGUUUUCUGGCCUCGACCUGCUGCUGGCGUUCAACGUUGGUAUUGAAGUACAAGGACGAUUAAUGCACUUCUCUAAGGAAGCCAAGGACAUACCAAAGAGGUUCCAUCCUCCCUCUGUGGUGGGGACUCUGGGAAGCGCGGCUGCUGCAUCCAAGUUUCUGGGUCUCAGCUUGACAAAGUGCCGUGAGGCCUUGGCCAUUGCUGUUUCCCACGCCGGGGCACCCAUAGCAAACGCUGCCACUCAGACCAAGCCCCUCCAUAUUGGCAACGCGGCCAAGCAUGGAAUGGAAGCCACGUUUCUGGCGAUGCUGGGCCUCCAAGGAAACAAACAGAUCUUGGACCUGGGGUCAGGGUUUGGUGCCUUCUAUGCCAACUACUCCCCCAAAGUCCUUCCAAGCCUGGAUUCCCACAUCUGGCUGCUGGACCAGCAGGAUGUGGCCUUUAAGAGCUUCCCGGCACAUCUGGCUACCCACUGGGUGGCAGAUGCAGCUUCAGCGGUGAGAAAGCACCUUGUGACUACAGAAACAGCCCAGCUUCCUGCUAACCACAUUGAGAGAAUCGUGCUCAGGAUCCCUGAUGUCCAAUACGUAAACAGACCCUUCCCAGACUCAGAGCAUGAAGCCCGGCAUUCCUUCCAGUAUGUGGCCUGUGCCAUGCUGCUUGACGGUAACGUCACUGUCCCAUCCUUCUACAACCAGCAGGUCAAUAGGCCGCAGGUGAAAGAGUUGCUCAAGAAGGUGGAGCUGGAACAUCCUCCUGACAACAUGCCAAGCUUCGACACUCUCUACUGUGAAAUAAGCAUCACUCUGAAGGACGGAACCACUUUCACCGAGCGCUCUGACACCUUCUAUGGUCACUGGAGGAAACCUCUGAGUCAGGAGGAUCUGCACAAGAAGUUCCGUGCCAAUGCCUCAAAGAUGCUAUGCAGGGACACGGUGGAAAGCCUUAUAAAGGUAGUAGAAAAGCUAGAAGACCUAGAAGACUGUGCCAUGCUAACCAGACUUCUCAAAGAACCCUCUGUCCAAGAAGAGGCUUCAAAACUAUCCAGCAUGUUCACAUUCCAUCAAACAACGUUGCCCAGGCUUACCAAUAUCUAAACAAUGUUGCACUGGAUGAGAUAAUAAUGGUUUGCUUUACCGAUCCAUCUGCCCAGAAAUGAGCACAGUAAGAUAGAGGGUCCAGAAACAGAUGAAUGUAUCUGGAAGGAGUCUUGUCCGAUAAGUUUGGUAGAACCAGUCCUACAACCUUCAAGUUAUUAUCAAAGAAACAAACAACACAGGAUCUGAUGAGUAUUCACAGGGGCAAAGUCUAAGUCACCUAUUGUCUGCUUGUAAUCUUUUCUGAGGAAUUAUUUAUUAACUCUGGGGACUUCACAGAUGUAGAGGAAGUGGAAUUUGCAUGCAUCUGGCAGCAGAUGGACCAAGCCUGGUCUGCCCGCCACUUAUCCAGAAAGGGUGGGCACUGCCGACCCCUCCUCUCUGCAAUGGCUGGUUUGAGGGAGUGGUGGGUGCCUCUUUUUCUUUCCACACAUAGCCCUGAGUAUGUAGCCAAGAAUCCUUCUGUUUCAGCCUCUCUACUGCAGAGAUAAGACAGCUUGAGCUGGGACACGGAAGCAGUGUGGUUAAGACUCACGGUUGGUUUCACUCCUUAGAUAGUCUGUUGGCACAAAAAAAAUAUUUUGAGAAAUUUUGACAAGUUGAAGACACAAUAAAAAUGAAAAGAAGAAA